AAACUCAUCACCAAACUCACAUUUCCUCACAAACUCUUGUACGGUUUACAUCGACUCAGUCGUUGUUAUAACUUUUUUACAUUUUUUCUCAACUUUCACAAGUAAAAUCAUUUUUUCAUAAUAAUUAUAAUAAACACAAAGUGAUUUUACGUGUUUUAAACAUUAAUUGUGACGGUGUGUGAUAAUAUCGCCACAAUAAACAAGAAAAAAAUAAACAAAGUGAUUUCAAGGAUUUACAACGAGAGUUCUUGUUAAUAAUAUUUUAACGAAAAAAAAAAAUUUUUAAAAACAAUCAUCAACAUGCAAACACAUGAACCAACAAUGGUUGUCGAUGGACAAGAACAACCAAUUUCAAGAACUUAUCAAUACAGAAAGGUAAUGAAACCAAUGCUUGAACGUAAACGCAGAGCACGUAUCAAUCGUUGUUUGGAUGAACUUAAAGAUUUAAUGGUAACAGCAUUAGCUGGUGAUGGUGAAAAUGUUGCAAAAUUAGAAAAAGCAGAUAUAUUAGAAUUAACUGUACGUCAUUUACAUAAACUUCAACGUCAACAACGUCUAUCAGCAAAUCCCGUUAUUGAUGCUGAUCGUUUUCGUGCUGGUUAUACACAUUGUGCAAAUGAAGUUAGUCGUUGUUUAGCUGCAACACCAGGUGUUGAUAUUACACUUGGUACAAAACUAAUGACUCAUCUUGGACAUAAAUUAAAUUCAAUGGAUAAAACUGGACCAUUAACAAUUCACGUUGCUGCACCACAAUCAUCACCAUCAGACAGUGAAUCAUCAUCAUCUGAUGAUUAUACAAUGCCAUUAACACCAGCAUCAAGCCAACCAUCACCAAUGCCAUCAACAAGAAAUACAGAAAUUGAAUUAAUUACAUCAACAACUCAUCAGGGACUUUUACAAGUUGCUAAAUCAGAUGAAUCUGUAUGGCGACCCUGGUAAUUAUCUAAAAAUUACUACAAUAAAAUUCGUUAAAAAUCAACCAAUGAUUGAUUGAGAUAAUCAACAAACUUAACUUCAAUAUAUGUGGUUAUAUAUUGAAUUUAUUAAAAUGACAAAAUAUACAUUUGAUUUGUGAUAAUAAUUAAUAUUAAAUAAUCAUUUGUAAUACUGAUUGUCAUCAAAAAAAAAAAGAAGAAGAAGGAGAAGAAGAUCAACGACCUGAAUAAUCUUGUAAUACAGCAAUUAAAAUGUUUGCUUGUUAAAAGACAACUACUACUACAUCAACAACAACAACACCAACAACGUCGACUACAAUAAUACAAUUAAAUAACGCUAAGACACCUUGAAUUGCUCAAACCGUCCACAGCAUAAAUGUAUUAAAAAAAGAAGAAUAUAUUAUAUGAAAUAGAAGAGAAUAAAAAACAAAUUGCCAAGGGACUGGUUCUUACGAUAAUGCCAAUAAUAGAAUCAAUAGAAUCAUUAGAUGAGUUGAUGAAGACAUUUCAAUCUCAUAAUGACAAAAGGUCACACUGGCAUGUGCCAAUUGACCAAGCUUUACUUAACGAUAAUGUUUUUUUUUUUUAAUCAUUGUUUAAUUCAUAAAAAAAAAAUUUAUCAAUUUUUAAAUAUUACGCACAAAUUUAUUUGUUUUUAAUUAAUAAUUUUUAUUGUGCAAUUGUAAUUUUAAAUAAUUUUUUUUUCUACUUUUGUUUUUUUUUCUGGCAAAUGAAAAAUCACAUUGAAUUUAUUUUUGAUUUAACUCAUCAAUCAUUGGAAUCCUCAAAUUUUUUUAAAUAGUUUUUAUAUAAAAAAAAAAAAUUAAUUGUUUAUAACUGAGUAGAGGAUCUUGUGAUAGAGAAACAUGUACCUGUGAUAUUUAC